UUCAUGUUAAAUCAGACAGACCUUUUUCUCUACUCAGACCUCACUUCUUUAGACAUGACUUCAGGUUUAGCUGCAUUUUUUGUGUGUGUGUGUGUGUGUGUGUGCGCGUGUGCGUGUGUGGCUUUUGUGCAUUUGUGUGUGUGUGGCUAAUUAAUCAUACCUUGCUUUGUUUUCUUUGAAAACUCACAUGUAUAAAUACGCUCACUUUUGCUUUCUUAUGACAUGACAUUUAAAAGGAGUGCUAGAAAGAAAAAGUCGAAUCACAAUGACGACUGUGAUUGUGCAGACACCUCAAAAGAGCGGGUGGAAUUCAGGAAUAUGUGACUGUUGCCAGGACAUGAAUUCUUGCUGCUAUGGGUUCUGGUGCUUUCCUUGCUUUACCUGCACCACCACUGGGGAUUUUGGGGAGAGCACCUGUCUGCCUCUGCUGGACAUAUUCGGCCCAGGUAUCAUGGCGGCUUUUGGGGUUCCAGUAUGUGUGCCGCCUGUGACUCUAGGAAUGAGGGUGGCAGUUCGCCACAAAUACGAUAUUGGGGGCAGUAUCUGUGAGGACAUCAUGGUAUCUUGCUGUUGUAUCUGGUGUUCAUGGUGUCAGAUGAGUAGAGAAAUCAAAGCACGCAAGCAAACUGUCACUGUACUGACCACAUAUCCAGUGAUUCAGUCCAUUCCAAUGGCAACCACCACACAAGUUGUCUCUACACAGCAGUCGGUUGGAGUGAUUGGUGCGGCACCAGUUGCUCCUGCAGUCCAGAUGGCACCAAUUUCAUAUGUCACAAAAGAUGUUAAAUAGAAGGACUGCUACUUGCAUCUCAUUUAAAUAAUGACGAUAGACAUAAAUAUAUACAAAACCAUAUAUAUAGACUAGACUAAUUGAUCUAUAGUGUAAUGCCUAACCUGUAUAAUUAUGAUUUUGUGUGAAUGGCUUGGGUGCAUUUAGAAAGUACCUGCAUCUUUAUAUUGUUUAUUCCCUGUUGAUUCUUGAUUACAUAUUUUAAAGUGAUCUUGUUUGUGAAUAAAUAGUAAUAGAAGUGAGCACAACUCAUAUCUGAAGAAAACUGUUACAGGAGUAAAUACAUGCAAUGUGCUUCAAAAACGGUAAUAAAAUGAGAUUUCUGGAAACUAAAGCAUUUAACUGUGAGUGGAGAUGUAGUAUAUAAAUGGCUGACUUUAAAAUGUGAAUGCAUUUGUGUUUGCAAUUCAACAUUUGUUAACACAGCACAGUUAAUUUUGAAUAUCAUGCUGGACGAGAAAAACUUGGGCUAAGCAAUAUUUCACAACAAAAUAAAAGAGGAAUUAUGGGAAGCUAAUCUCUCUCCCUUC